AUUACAGUAUAACUCUUGCUUUCCGAUUCGACCGCCAUCCUUUCUCGUUAUUGUAACGGAGGUCAUAUAGAUCCCGAUCUCCGCCCUCUCAUCUUCUCCUUUUCUCGCCUCGUUGGUAUCCAUGGCUUCCUCCUUCUCGCCCGGCGGCCCCUCGCGGCCUCGACCCGGCUACUAUCCUCCUUCCAUCGCAAACCCAUCCCCUAACCCUAGUCCAGCCUCCUCGCUCCCGGGGACCAUGCAGAAUCUCCAGAUCGGGCGCCCCUCUGCCCCAUCCGGCCCUCCUCCAUUCCUCUCCGGCAUUUCCGCGUCCGCCUCAGGCGGAUCUCGCCCAGGUCCUCCCCCUCAAUCACUUCCCACUCGGCCCCAAUUUCAGCAGCCGCCGGCCAUGUCCAACGGCCCACCAUCCAUUGGCGUAUCCGGUCCCCGAUUUCCUACCCAGGCUACUUUGAGGGAGCCUACUCCUACGAUCCCAACCCAGGGUUCUCGCGCUGUUCCCGGAAGCUCUUCCGCCGGCUCGCCGGCGAAUGAUUUGGUGCCACCGUCGAUCUACAAUUCCUCUUUUUCUGCUCCAGCUGCUGGUGUUCCGAUGGCUCCUCCUUCUCUUGUUAGCAGCCCUCCACAGUUGCAUUCCUUGAUGGGAGGCCAACCAUCGCAUCCUUUGGCGGGAGGUUCGCCAUCGCAGCCCCUGGCGGGAGGUCCGCCAUCGCAGGCCUUGAGGGGAGGUCCGCCAUCGCAGCCCUUGAGGGGAGGUCCUCCAUCGCAGAACUUGACGGGAGGUCCGCCAUCGCAGCCCUUGACGGGAGGUCCGCCAUCGCAGCUCUUGACGGGAGUUCCGCCAUCUCAGCCCUUGACGGGAGGUCCGCCAUCUCAGCCCUUGAUGGGAGGUCCGCCAUCUCAGCCCUUGAUGGGAGGUCCGCCACGCCAGCCCUUGAUGGGUGGGCCGCCAUCGCAACCCUUGAUGGGAGGUACGCCGUCACAGCCCUUGAUGGGAGGUCCGCCAUCACUGCCGUACAUGGGACAGCCGCAGAUGGUGCAGUACUCAGGGAUGCGGCAGCCUCUUCCUCCUUCUGGUGCUGCUCCACCAUUUGGAUCGCCUCCUGUUUGGCAACAGCAGCAGCCUCGCCCGGGUGUUGCACCUGUGUCAAGUAUGGUACAAGCACCACCACAAAUGUUUGGUGCACCUCCAAGCCCGUUCACCCAACCUAGGCCUCUAACUCCACCAGUGAUGGGAAAUUCACCACUUGCUUGGUCUCAUUCAUCAACUCCAUCAACAAUUGAUCCCAAUCAGAUUCCACGACCCAUGGUCGAUUCCUCGGUUAUUGUUUUUAAUACUCGUCAAGGAAAUCAAGUGAACAGCCCUCCGCCUGCCACUAGUGAUUUCAUUGUGAAAGACACUGGCAACUGCAGUCCACGGUUGAUGAGAUGCACGAUGAAUCAGAUACCAUGCAGCGGAGACCUUUUAUCAACAUCUAGCAUGCCAUUGGCUUUGUUGGUACAACCUAUGGCAAUUCCAAAUCCAGAUGAGGAGCCUAUCCAAGUGGUUGAUUUUGGGGAGAUUGGACCCAUUAGAUGUUCUCGGUGCAAGGGGUAUAUAAAUCCUUUUAUGAAAUUUGUUGAUCAAGGCAAGCGGUUUAUAUGCAACCUAUGUGGGUAUAGUAAUGAGACUCCUCGAGAUUACUAUAUGAAUCUUGGACCAGAUGGUAGACGGCGAGAUGCUGAAGAGAGGCCUGAAUUAUGUAGAGGAACAGUUGAAUUUGUUGCUACUAAGGAAUACAUGGUUCGUGAUCCUAUGCCAGCAGUGUUUUUCUUCCUUGUUGAUGUCUCAAUGAAUUCCAUACGGACUGGUGCAACUGCAGCAGCUUGCGGUGCAAUCAGUCAGGCUAUUGCAGAUCUUCCGGAAGGUCCUCGAACAUUGGUGGGGAUUGCAACAUUUGAUUCUGCUAUUCAUUUCUACAAUCUGAAACGAGCAUUACAACAGCCUUUGAUGCUGGUUGUUCCUGACAUACAAGAUGUUUAUACUCCGCUGCAUACUGAUCUAAUUGUUCCAGUUGCUGAGUGCCGGCAACACCUGGAGCAGUUGCUUGAAAGUAUUCCUUCAAUGUUUGAGACCAACAAAGUUGCUGAUUCAGCAUUUGGUGCUGCUAUAAAGGCUGCUUUCCUGGCUCUGAAGCCGACAGGGGGGAAGCUUCUCGUAUUUCAGUCAGUUUUGCCAUCUAUUGGAACUGGGUCACUUUCGUCAAGAGAAGCAGAAGGAAGAACAACAAAUGUUUCUUCUGGGGAAAAGGAGGCUCAUAAGUUACUUCAACCAGCUGAUAUGACUCUGAAAACAAUGGCAAUAGAGUUUGCUGAGCACCAGGUUUGUGUGGAUGUUUUUAUUACCACGCAGGCAUUUGUAGACAUGGCCUCUAUCUCUGUAGUUCCAAGAACCACUGGAGGUCAGGUUUAUUAUUACUACCCAUUUUCUGCGCUUUCCGAUACUGCCAAGCUAUACAAUGAUCUCAGGUGGAACAUCAGUAGGCCCCAAGGGUUUGAGGCUGUGAUGCGUGUUAGAUGCAGCCAGGGCAUCCAAGUUCAAGAAUAUUCUGGAAACUUUUGCAAGCGUAUUCCAACUGAUAUAGAUCUUCCUGGGAUUGAUUGCGACAAAUCCAUAAUGGUGUCUUUUAAGCAUGAUGAUAAAUUCCAGGAGGGGUCGGAGUGUGCUUUUCAGUGUGCACUGCUUUAUACUACAAUAUAUGGGCAAAGAAGGAUUCGAGUUUCAAAUCUCUCUCUUCCGUGCACAACUAUGCUUGGAACUCUAUUUCGUUCAGCAGACUUGGAUUCACUGUUGACUUGUUUUUUGAGACAGGCUGCAACUGCUAUCCCAACUAGCCCUCUUUCCCAAGUCCGUGAACAAAUUAUGAACCUCUGCGUCAACAUCCUACACUCUUACCGCAAAUUCUGUGCUACUGUGUCAACACCCGGCCAACUUAUUCUACCAGAGUCAGUUAAGCUUUUACCUUUAUAUACCCUAGCGUUAUCAAAAAGCACUGGCUUGCGGAAUGAUGGACGGUUGGAUGAGCGGUCCUAUUGGGCCAAUCAUGUUGCGUCCCUUUCUGUGUCACUUGCUGUUCCCUGGGUGUAUCCCAGAAUGAUAUCCAUCCAUGACCUAACUUCAAAGGAAAACAAUGACCCCAUACUAUCUUCUAUACUUCCUCUUUCUUCCGCCAAUUUAAAUGAUGAUGGGAUUUAUCUCCUGGAGAAUGGUGAAGAUUGCCUAUUUUAUGUUGGAAACAUGGUGAACUCAGAGAUUCUCCAACAGAUAUUUGGAGUAACCUCUGUUGAUGGACUCCCAACACAGUUUGUAUUGCAGCAGUAUGAGAAUACUUUCUCCAAAAUAUUAAAUGAUGUGGUCAAUGAGAUAAGACGUCAGAGAUGUUCUUUUCUCCGCAUGCGAUUAUGCAGAAAAGGUGAUCCAUCAGGUAUGCUUUUCCUCUCGAAUAUGGUUGAGGACAAGUCCCCCGGCGGCCUUUCCUAUAUGGAGUUCCUUGUACAUGUCCAUCGGCAAAUUCAGACGAAAAUGGAGUGAGUCGCCAUUCAUUCUUCUUCCAUAAAUUUGUGUUCAUUCUGCCAGUUUUGAUCCUGAGAAUCUUUUCGACCACAUAUACAUUACCAAAGAUCAUCAAGGUAUUAGUUAAUUAAGAAUGUUCAGAUUUUCCAGCCUUCCUGUAUUUUUUUUCUUACAGAAUGGUAAAAUUAUAUCAUGCAAAUUGUAUUAAUAAGUAGGUCAUCCAGUGUUUUUAGUCUGAGGACAUGGUCCAUUUUUGUCAAGGAUUUGCUAUUUAUAAGUUGUGCGCUGAUCUGUAUGUCAUGUGCGAGUGAAGGAUUGGAAAAUGUAGCAGGAAAUAUUGGUGUGAUCGGUGAUAUAGUUAUAGGCUUUUAAUA